UCUAUAAUUGUAAUAUUUCUAAAAAUACAAUUUCAAAGUUGAUUAAGUUAUUAUGAUGCACUGCAAUUUCUGGAAUUCGAUCGUCGACUAUAAAAGGCUUUUGCUGUUUUGAUUAACUUCAGAUUGAGUUUUUCAGUUGCAGUGAUAUUGCAAGUGCAAGAUGAAUCCCAAAUAUUUGUUCGUAUUUUUAUUACUACUUAUCUGUCAAGUUUAUCAUGCUGCAUCGCAAAGUGAUAAUGGUGACUCCAGUAGUGCAACAAUAGACCCAAAAACCGUUGCUUCAGUUGCCGAAUUAUAUUUUAAUUAUAUUUUAAUGCAACCCUCUCACGUUUAGAGCAAACUGUUCCUUAAAACAAUCCAAAUUUGCACUAAUGAUGUGUGUCCUAAAUUAAACAUCUAACUGCUGUUGAAUGUUCCAAAUUCGAAUAAAGUUCAAUGUUCAAAAUAAAAAUGGUGUAUUCAAGCAAGGCGACAAAAAUGAAUUGUGAACGGUAUAAUUUGGCUAUCGAAAGAGGAGUCUGCAAUGAAUGUCUAUAGUUGUAAAGGGUUCACAAUGGAACAUUCAAAAUGAAUUUUGCACAUAUUCAAUCAUUUUGAUGCAAACUGAGUGAGUUUUAUGAUACAUGUUAACAAAAGUUGAAAAAUUAAGAAUGGAAUUUAGUUGUCAAGUGUUGGUGCCCAAAUGAGCGAGUAUAUCGGAUUCAUUGUCAACUGACACGAACGAAGUUUGGCCACUUUUUGCUUACGUUUAUAGCGCAUUCUGAUUCCGAUUGUGUUUAGCUUGCAAAAAGUCAAGUUGUUUGUGUGAGUUUAGCGCUCAUGUCUGCAAUCGUCGUAAAUCAAAUAAAUAAUUGAACCGACUAAGUCACAAUUUGCUGCCAUUUCGAUCGAUGUAAACAAGUUUAGACAAAUAUUUGCUUUGGUGUGAGCAGAGCAUAACAACGUCACCGGUUGCUGCCAUUAGCCUAUAUUGGAGUGAAUGCGUCUGAAAGAGAAGAGAGUGACUGUGUGUUUAGUUUGUAGUUUUCGCGGCGAAUCAUAUUGCGAUUUGACAUUUGUUGUUUAGUCUUCAAUAGUGUAUUAUACAUUUCAUAAAUUGGUAUCGAUGCUUAAAAACUAAAAACUGAACAUUUCAGUGCGUUAGGUUGGCAACGCAAUAAGCAAAACCACACAGAGCAGCACAGAAAUAUGAAUAAUACACACACAGUAGCCAAAAUGUGUAUUGAGAAUCAGAAUGCCACUCAAAACAACACACCAACACACAGGCGCGCACUGGAGCGGUCUCUGUGUAUUGUAAAUUCUCCACCGAUCUGCUGUUCAGCAUUCGCAAUACGGAUAAUUUUCGUGCACCAAAAUAAAAAAACAAUUUUUCCCGUAUACAAUAUAUAAAUAUUGUGUAUUUGUUUGAAUGCUUUGUUUACAUUGUUGUUGUUGUUCGUGGGCGACCAGUUUGCUUGAUCUUAUUAACGUUGCCACUCACGGCAAAUCGAUUGAUCCAUAAUCGAACAGUUUUUCCCUGAAAAUCAAAAUCAAUAUUUCCCAAAAAUCCAUGCAAUACGAUGAAGCCUGGUUUUAUUACCGUAGCCCCCACUAGAACUGAAAUUUCAGCAACCGAAUGGCCAUGAUCAUGAUACAACGAAAGUAUUCUUCCUUUUUGUGCAUCGGUUAGGUGUGCGCUUCUGUCAACUCGAUUCAUUUUGAUGUUAUUCAAAUGUAUGUGUUUCAACAAAUGAAGUGAGAAGAGUAGAAAAAAGGGACAAUAUUUAUUUGUGUUACAUCCAUCAAUGAGCAUCAUCGCAUAAACAAAACACAACGGGCAAGUGUUCGUGCGACCGUGCGACAGUGUGUAUCACAGUAGCAAUGCGAGUCAAUAGACACGCUCUACAUUGCUUCCUGUGUACGCACAAGCGAUAUAGAAAACCGCUAUGCGUUUUUGGCAAUGUAAAACACUAUUGCCAACUUAGGUACCAAUUUAUGAAAUAGAUAAUACAUACAUUGUGUGCGACACAGCUUGUGUUUUUUGAAAAAGUUUCUGCUUUAAAUUGCAAUUUAAGAUUCAUUUCGAUUCAUUUUUUUGAUCAGAAGUAGUAGUGAGUAUCAAUAUUUGGUGUGUGUGUGUUGAAAUUUCGUUGUAAUUGAGGAAUAUUCUCUCUUUUAAUCAAUUUUCCUUUACUUUUUUCUGUUUUUUCUGGUAAUUCAAAUGGCUCAAGCCGCAGCCUCAAUUAUUGGUAUUGAUUUGGGUACCACGAAAUCAUGCGUCGGUGUUUUUCGAAAUGGAAAGGUUGAAAUCAUAACCGAUGAACAAGGUAACCGUACAACACCAUCGUACGUUGCAUUCACCGAUACCAUUCUCGUCGGUGAUGCUGCCAAAAAUCAGGCCAACUAAAAUCCCACCAACACAAUUUUCGGCGUUAUGCGUUUGAUUGACCGUAGAUUUGAUGAUCCAGUUGUUCAAGCCGAUAUGAAACACUGGCCAUUCACUAUUAAAAAUAUUGAUUCGAAACCGAAAAUUGGCCAAAACCGACAAUUUUCUCCAGAAGAAAUCUCAGCCAUGGUUUUGGCCAAGAUAAAGGAAAUCGCCGAAGCUUACUUAGGAAAAACUGUUACUGAAGCCGUCGUCACAGUACCAGCCUACUUCAACCAUGCACAACGUCAAGCGACCAAAAAUUCCGGAGCAAUUGCUAGUUUGAAUGUUUUGAUCUUCGAUCUGGGUGGUGGUACCUUCGAUGUCAAUAUUUUGUAUAUCGAUGAUGGUAUCUUUGUGGUGAAAUCAACGGCCGGUGACACUCACUUGGGAGGUCAAGAUUUCGAUAACAAAACGGUCACAACUUGUUGGGCAAAUUCGAAUUGUCAAAAGCAAAAGGAAGCCUCUAUCGCCAAGAACAAUCUGCGAACAUACUGCAACAGCAUGAAAUUAAGCAUGAACGCCUUUCUUGAAAAAUACAAUGAAGUCACCACAUAGUUGGAUGCCAAAAAGAAGAAUUGAGCGAAAAAGAAGAAUACGAACAUCGUCAAAAGGAUCUUGAGGCCGUUUACAAUUCAACCAUCGUCCAAUUCAAUGGAGCAAACGAUGACGACGUCGUAGUCAUUGAAAAUGACAUAGACAUGAUAGAAAUUGAUUGAAAAUUGUUUUUCGAUUCAAUUUUAUAACAAAAACCAAAUAUAGACUGACGAUAAAAACACAUUUCACUACAUUUUUGUGUAUUUUUUACAGUCAUCUUUAGUGUCACCUAUAAACAAUGUUGUCUACGUAUGAUCGAUUUAAGCAAUAAAACCAAAGUGUUAGUUUGUAGAGGAAUAAGCCCACAUAAUAUGAACAAAAA